GAAAUGGUCUGGCCCACUCCUACCGCAACCCACGUGGGUCGCGGAGCAGGGCGGUGCGGAGCCCGGCGGUCGGACCCGGGUGUGCGGCGCUUCUACGAGGUUAGUGCCACCCCGCGGGCUCCGAGGCGCCGCUGACUUCGAAGACGCCCAAGCUUUAGCCCCGGGAAAGCCGGAGCCCCCGGGCCUGAGGUCGCAACCCGGAGGGCACGAAGUACGGCCCACCUCACCCAGGGGCGGCCGGAGCCUCGCGGCCUGCAAACUCCCCAAACUACAUAUCGCCAAGAGGAGAUUGGAUCCUCAAGUUCUGGGUCUCAUUCAGGGCCUAAAACAAACAGAAUUCCAUUAUGUAGCAAAACAAAGCACAAAGGUGGAUUUUAUUGUUCCACUCAUGCUCGCCUUGAACUUUCUGCAGUCCUUCUGCCUCAGCCUACCUGGUACUGGGAUUACAGGCUACUUUAAGAAAAAAAUGGCCCUCAUAGCCCAACAGAUACCCAGAUGGUUUCACACAAUUAAAUUGAGUAGCUUCAUUAAAGCUGCACAGCUCAUAAAACACUCUGUGUGGCCAGGAAAAAUAUUGUUGAAUGGCGUAUCUGCUCAGGCUCUGUUGCCCUCUGACAAUUGCUUUCUCCAGUGGGGAUUUAAGACUUUCAGGACUUCCUCCUCAUGGACUAGUUCCCAGUCGGCCAAGUCAAGUAGGCAAGAGAGCAGCAGUCCUACCCAGAGUUCUCUCCUUCCUUCCAUGAGUGAGCAGUCAGAGAAGAUACCCAGCUUCCACUCUGAGCUGCCUUUAGAAGAACUGGAUGACUUACCUUCAGUGUCUCCAUUGCAGCAAAUUUCUGAGGAGGAGGCAAUUCAGAUUAUUGCACACCCUCCAUUGCCCCCAGCCUCAUUCACACUUGGAGACUAUGUGGAUCAUUCUGAGACACUGCAGAAGCUAGUGCAUCUAGGAGUGGAUUUGUCCAAGAUAGAAAAGCAUCCAGAUGCAGCCAACCUUCUUCUAAGACUGGAUUUUGAAAAAGACAUUAAGCAAAUACUCCUAUUUCUCAAGGACUUGGGUUUAGAAGAUAACCAACUGGGAACAUUCCUGACUAAAAAUUAUGCUAUUUUCUCUGAAGACCUUGAAAAUCUUAAAAUCAGGGUGGCUUAUCUUCAGUCAAAAAAUUUCAGCAAGGCUAAUAUUACACAGAUGGUCAGUAAUGCACCAUUUUUGUUGAAUUUUUCAGUGGAAAGACUGGAUAAUAGAUUGGGAUUUUUUCAGCAAGAACUUGAACUUAGUGUGAAGAAGACUAGAGAUCUGGUUGUUCGUCUUCCAAGGCUACUAACUGGAAGUCUGGAGCCUGUGAAAGAAAAUUUGAAGGUUUAUCGUCUUGAACUUGGUUUUAAACGUAAUGAAAUUCAACAUAUGAUCACCAGGAUUCCAAAGAUGCUAACUGCAAAUAAAAAGAAGCUUACAGAGACUUUCGAUUAUGUGCACAAUGUGAUGAGCAUUCCCCACCAUGUCAUUGUCAAGUUCCCACAGGUAUUUAAUACACGAUUGUUUAAAGUUAAAGAAAGACACUUGUUUCUUACCUACUUGGGAAGAGCACAGUAUGAUCCAGCAAAACCUAACUACAUCUCUUUGGACAAGUUAGUAUCUAUUCCUGAUGAAGUAUUUUGCAAAGAAAUUGCCAAAGCUUCAGUAAAGGACUUUGAAAAAUUCUUAAAAACUCUUUAGUUUUUUGAUGACUAUUAAAAUGUUGUCUUGUGGAGGGAGGGAAUAAAAUAAA